AUGGCCACCCCCAAUGUCCUAGCUUUUGAUGCUGAGGGUAGAGCCAUUGACUUUGCAGUCUGGAUUGACGACCUGCAGCUGUACUUACUGUGUGAUGCGGUCGAUGAGGUCUCUCUCUUUGACUUUGUCUCUGGCGCUGUCCCUGCCCCUCCUCCUGAUGCUGAUUCCGCCGUUCGCUCCAAGUGGGCGACCCGCGAUGCUGCUGCACGUCUUGCUGUGCGUCGCCACCUCCCUUCCUCCGAGCGUGCCCACUUUAGUCAGUGCAAGACCGCUCAGGCCUUGUACGACGCUGUAGUUGCACGCUACUCCUCCCCUUCCUCCGCUACGCUGAGCCGCCUCAUGCUCCCUUUUCUCUUCCCUAACCUCGCUGCCUUUCCCACUGUCGCUGACCUCAUUACCCACCUCCGCGCUAGUGACGCUCGCUACCGCGCUGCCCUUCCUGCUGAGUUCCGCGCCGCCAACCCUCCUCCCAUGUACAUCACUCUCUACUUUCUUGUCACCCGUCUCCCUGAGUCCCUCCGUGUCGUUAGGGACCAGUUUCUCUCUGUCUGUCCCACCACUCUCACUGUCGACCUCCUUGAGGAGUCCCUGCUAGCGGCUGAGAAGAGUAUUGUCGCUGUAGGGGCCUCUCGAGGUGACCCUCGCACCCCCAUCUUUGAGGGGUGUGGUCCUUCCCCCCUGCUGCCCUCUGUCGCCUCUGCCGCUGUGGCCGACCUCACUGGUUUUGAGUCGGUCGGCGCGGCGUCUGCCCCCAGCGGCAGACGCCGCUCUGGCAAGGGCAAAGGGGGCAAGGGAGCGGGUGGAGCUAGAGGGGGCGGUGGAGGAGGCGGUGGGGGUGGCGGGGGGAGUGGGGGUGGCGGUGGGAGUGGUGGCGGGAGUGGAGGUACUGGUGGUGGCGGUGGAGGCGGAGGUGGCGGCGGAGGUGGUAGCGGAGGAGGCGGUGGGAGCGGUGGGAGCGACGGUCCUGGUGGGGGAGGUGGCGGUGGAGACGGGGGUGGCGGUGGAGGCGGGGGUCGGAGUGGCUCGUCCCAGCGGAGCAGCUCUGGGGGUGGUCAGCGCCAGCAGCAGCAGCAGCAGCAGCAGCCGCAGCAGCAGCCACAGCAGCAGCAGCGCUCUCGCACCGUCCCCGGCCCUCAGCAGCUCCGUGAGUGGUACUAG